GACGUAUUUAAGGGCUGCUCUGUAUUCCGUCUCCCUUCCCUUCCCUUCAAAGCACAUCAAGAAGAAGUCUUCCCUACGCUCGCCUUCUCCUCUUAUACCUUCCUCUUCACAUCACAUACAACACAACAACCCACUCUCACCAACCAACAUCACUCAAAAUGAAGGUCACUUCCCUCCUCUCCACCGUCCUCCUCUGCUCCUCCGCCGCCGUCCUCGCGGCUCCCACCCCCUUCCUCCCCAUCGGCGGGCUUGCCGUUCGCGCCAACAAUGAAGCGGCCAAGCAGGUUGAGGCAGCGACCGGCGUGAAGCAGGCGGCCGCGGAAGUCAAGGUUGAGAACAACAAGCAGGCGGAAGUCAAGGUUGAGAACAAGAAGCAAGGCGAAGUCAAGGUUGAGGGCAACAACAACAAGGUUGAGGCUGCGACUGCGACGGCCACUGCGACGGCCACUGCGACUGCGACUGGCGAGGCAGCUGCGACCGCGACGGCAACAGCGACACAAGCUGCAGGCAAUGCCAACGCGAACGUCGACACCGCGGCGAUCCAAGCCGAUCUUACGGCGGUGCAGACGGCGUUCCAGAAGCUCGUCACCGACCUCGCGGGCGUCGUCGGUGGUGGUCAAGCGGCGGCUGGUAACCAGAACGCGAACAACCAAGGGAAUAACAACGAGAACAAGGGAAACCAGAACGUCAACAAUGGCAAGAACGAGAACAACAACAAGGGAAACCAAAACAAGGCGGCGAACGGAAACAAGGGCAAAGGAAACGGUCGCGCCAAACUGAACCAGAAAAAGGCUGCCGGUAAAGCCAAAGCCAACGCCAACAAAGGAAAGGGUCGCGGCCAAGCGAACAAGAACAAGAACAACCAGAACAAAAACCAAAACACCGCGACCGCAGCAGCAACUACAGCCGCCGCUGAAGCCACCGCAGCAGCGUCCACCACCGCAGCCGCCGAAGCAACCGCCACCCCCGUCGUCGCUGCACCCGAAGCAGGCGGCGCUGCUAAAACCGAAGCGACGAAAGUAGCCGAGACCGCCGCUCAAACGCAGCAGAAGGCCGUCAAAGCUAUCAACGGCGUCCUAGGCCUGUAGAUUUAGACCCCACUGAGACGGAUUGGGGAAUGUAGUUUUCUUUCUAUGUACAUUUUUUGUGAACAUCCUACACCACCCACAACCUUGCACAUACAUACACGGACGGUUUGUUCCCCCACCUUUGUAUAUAAAAUUCACCCUGGCGGGAAAGGAAGUUUUGAGUGAGAAUGAAUACUUUUUUGCAGUGCGCAAACAUACUGUCUUGUCUUUGUUUUGUUUCGUUCUCUGGAUGGAUGUGGUUAGGCUGGUGCGAUUGAGAAAAUGUCGGACU